CACAUAGAAAUAACAAAAAUGAAGUGUAGAGUCAAAGCGGGGAGAAGGAACAUGAAGGUACUAUGAUGCCAACAUGGCACUCAAAAGGUAACUACCCUGGAAGGGAGGUGAAGGUUGCCACUCAGGGUCCUGGAAGAUGAUGCCCUGCAUGAAUAUAUGUCUCCUUGUGUCAUGCUCUCGGGCAAUCUGGGAAGAAACUCCUACAAACUCCUCCUCGAGUGUAGAGACUUGGGCUUCAAGGUUUCUCGAGGAAGAAGGUCCGACUCCAUAUGAUAAAGAAUCACUUGUAUGGCCACAUCAGCGUGAUGGUGGAGCUCUCUGGGGUGCCUUUAGAACCUCCUCCAUCACUGGUCUGAAAGUGACAAAGGUUUUAGGCCAUGGAUGUACUCGAUGCCACUCUCGAUGCAAACUAGCCUCAUGUGGUGGAGUGUCUCCACUGAAAAGAUCUUCACAUUGCCCUAGUCCCCUCCAAAAUAUCGGGCCGGUCGAGUGAUGACCGAGCCUAGAUGCAUCGUGUAUGCUCGUGGGCUGUCCAAAAUCCUAGAAAAGUUCAUCACCACAACUGCUCUCAAAUGGAGAGGCUCCCUUGGUCGACCCAUCGUUUAAAGUGUCACCAUCCUGCGGAGGGUGACCUGCCCUUAGGUGUGAACAAAGCGACCCAUGACUCGUCCCACCAACUCCAACCCAACCAGAGAUGGACGAUUUCAUUAAUUGGUGGGAGGGUCCAGAGCUUGUUGAAUGAUGCCAUUAAAUGAUGCUUCACAGAUACGUAGACAAGUAAACAAAUAUAUAGAGGAAAGAGGGUAAAGUAAUGAUGCCUUUCGCUCAUAUUUUCCCACUGUUACUUUUGCUUAAAAUGUUGAAAAAUUUGUUUGUUUGGGUUGAGUUUUGUUUGGGGUUAGACUUCAAUUCGGAUUGAUCCAAACUGUUGGGUCAUGAUUUUAUUGGGUGGAUUUAGAUUUCAUGAUGUGUAAACCGUGGUGUAUGGGUUGGGUGACUAAAGUGGUCAAAACCCAACCCACCCAACCCACUUGACCCAUGUACACCCCUACCUGCCCCUGAGCUAGCAAACUCGGGACCACUGAAUGGAUCAACAACAUGUGGAGUAUCCUCCACUAGGGUCUAAACUGAGUCCCCUUGGUGUGCCCCGCUCAGAAGGAGUGCUCUUUGGUAUGAAAUCCACCCAUCUUGAACUCCACAUAUGGGAGGGGGGGGGGAUUCCUCUAGGUUGCUCGUGGACGAAUGUGAAAUUCCAAGCACAAAUCCCAAAAAAUAGGCUCAUCAAGGUUGAGGAGUUGGUGCCACUGGGGAGGAACAAUGGCUACUAAGAUCGUAGCCUGACAAUGGAAACGAUCAAAAAUAUCGAGGUCGAGGCACCAAUGGGGUCCGAUAUCCCCAUUUUAUCAUGACUCAUACCGGGGCCUGUAGUCCGGAUGAUCCACCAAAUAAUGCAUGUACCCAUACAUAGGGUCAACCAUCCUGCAAAAGUAUCAAACAACAAGCACCAUACGUGGAAACAAUCAUUAGAAAAAGCACAUUGGGAUAAAAUUAGCUCCCCCACACUUAAGUUCCAAUAAAGGUAAACAUGCCCACAUUCGCAUUUCACAAGGGUGGAUGACAAACAAAGUCGCUAGCGGCAAAGUCGAGUCCAAAUAUCCCCAAAACUUUGGUGACGGUGCGCCUUGGCUAGGGAAGAAUGGGUAUGUGCUUGGUUUUUGGAUUGGGUGCCCGGAAGUAGAUUAGAUCGACGAAGAACCGUGUGGGAAAAUGAUUUCUGGUGAAAAUUUCUAACUAUUCCGACGAAUUGAAAUUUUGACGUUUGUGAGCUUCACGCCAUUUUUAUACUGCUCCAGGUCGAAGAUCACGGCUUUUGUGCUGAUUUCGUGGUCUCAGAACGUGAUCCUAACAUGCAAACCGUGAUCUUAGCUGAAAAUGGUGAGUUUUGGGCUGCCAUCAUGGUACAUUUAAUACCACGGGCUGUGCCCGUGAACAUUGCAUGCAAAACUUGAUGUCUGCAACUUUGGUAGAAUCUCUAUCUACCUUAGGGUUUGGUUGUAAUCUUCACAAUUUGAGGUCGUGAACAUUACCCCAAAAUCGUGAUGUGUGCAAAAAAGGGAUUUCACCAAUUUUCAAACUUCAUCGAUUCAACUGUGCCCCAAACUCAAACACAACACAUUUAUCGAUAAAAAACACACCAACCAUGGGCAUAGUGACCAGUCCAACUCACAUACUUGACUCUAACACACACACAAAAAGAGAAAAAUAAGGAAAAAAAAAAUAAAAACCUACGUUGGGUUGCCUCACAUGGCCAGGAAGCUGACUAGAUGAUGAUUGCAUCCUUGUUUCUCUCCACACGACUACGACUUUCCUUUCUUCUUAUGCAUCCUGUUUCUUCAAUUCUUUUGCUUACUUUCAGAUCCUUCACAUGAAUUCAAACCAAAAUCAUCUAAUUAGUGGAGAUCAAGAUCAAUUUAACUUAUCAAACCUCCAAAGCACAAUUGCACAUAACUCCAACCAAAUAUACACGUAUUGACUGCAUAUUGAGCUCACAUAAGGGAAUAAAACCCCAGUAUAUAGAAAUAUACCAAACGAUUCCCCCUAUCGUCAGGAAGCAUCAACCAAAAUUAUGUACCUGGUUGUGGAGAAGAAGUAAGAAAGCAAACCCAAAGCUUCCAAUUCUAGGGAUUCAAAAAUUGGACCAGGAAAUCUUUUAUCUUUGUCUUAUUCUUCUUUCCCAGCACGCCUCCUCCAAAUGCAGUCGUUGCAUGUUUGGAACCCUCCAUCAUAUCAUCCUUACCAGAUUGAUUCUUCUAUGAUACAUUCUCAGAAUUGUUCAAUCGUCUUUUCGUAUGAUGAGGGCAAGAACAAAGAAUUGUAGUUAGGAGUUUUGAUCGAAGAAGAAGAAGAGGGGGUUGGUUUCAAUCGGAGAAUGAAACCAAGAAAGGAAGGAGAAGAAGUAAAGAAGUAGGAGGGUAAGGAUCUGAAUGAGAAAGGGACAUGCAAGGUAGUUAUUGCGGAGUUGUGGUAGUAGGUGACAUAUUGAGGCACAACUAGCCUAAUUGGGGUCCAAUUGCACAUGUUUUCACCCCGUAUUCUUGUGGUGUUUGGGGGCAUUUACAUCGCUUAAGGUUCGAUUUUAUGCUAGGUUAUGUAUGUUUCCAACAUGUUUCAGGUUCUAUCAUGUGAGAUUGGCCUUGGAAGCAAUAGUUGAACGAAAAAGGACGAAAGCGGAUCGAAAAGAGAAAAAAGGUGAAGAUCACUGUUAGAGCAACUUUGUCACAAUCAAUCGACCGUGAAGAGCAUCGACAUCCAGAAAGUUUUGUACACCUCGCGAGCCUAAAAGUGGUCAUGGUCGCGAGACCGUGAUAAUGCCAUCUAGUCCGUGAAGGCCUUAAAUGAAAUGGUGCGCUUUUGCCCCAGAUCACGGGCGAGGCUUCGAGAUCACGCCCAUGAUAAUCGACAAUGAUGAGCGCACGAAUGGAGUACAAAAGGAGAAGGAAGCUGAAACUUUAAGGGAGGAUCCUAGUGAGAGAUUGCCAUCAUCUUCUCUUCUGAUUUUAGAGAGAGAAACAUACAAACAAAGAGAGAAGAAGGGGGUUAGGGUUUGAUCCUAGUUAGAGGAUUGAAGGUUUUCAUCUCCCAAUGGUGAUUUUGGCAACAAGGAAGGAAGUCAAAUACCACAUCAUGGUUCUUUCCCUCCUCUUUGUUGUAAUCCCUAGUUUAGCUAUGGACUAGUUCUUUUUUCACUUGAGUAUUGUGAACCCUAGCCUAGAAAUGUGAUGGAUUAAUGGAUUUGAACUCUAUGUGUGUUGAUUGUGUGUUUUAAUAUAAUGCUUGAGGUAUUUUCAUAAUUUGUGAGUGUUCAGUUCCAUAUCUCAUUUGGGUCAAAUUGACCUAGAAGGAGGAAACCUCCUCCUUGCCCACUUCUUGGAAAAUUGGGUAACCACUUCUAGAGCAAUUAGGGACACACCUCAAGCAUUGAUUUAGCGUCACGAUUGGAUUGUGUUUUAUUGUCGGUGUUCCGGAUUAACUUCCGAGGGAUUGGUUAGCAAUCCUUAGCUGCUUGAUAGAGAGAGCUAGGUUUCCUAGCUUAAUUGCUUUUCCUUAAUCGAUUGCCUAGGAGAGUGGGAAUUUUCCACUAUUUGCACCAUCUUCGCGGUAUAGGAACACACUAUCCCGCACUAGAGUUUCAAUUAUUGCAACUUAAUAUAAGGCUAGGGGGAGCAAUACUCGGGUGACAUUUUCUCAUAUAGAAUCCACCACCAUUUAAUUUCUUGCUUGCUUUAAAUUGUUUCUUAGUUUUCACUCUAAACCGAUAGCUAGAUAACAUUUUAAACGGUUGAAGUAUAUGAAUACAUGGACCGGCCCAGGUUGACAUUUUAAAACACUUGUCUAUACUACACUUACUAGAGUUUAUACUUGGGCUCUAGUUGAGAUUUUAUUUUAUUUGUGUAGUUAGGAAUGAAUCAUAGUCGAGGACAAAAAGUCGAAUUAAUAUUCGGGUCUAUGAUGGGGGCAGUAUUGGGAACAUUCUACGACAUAAAAGUGAUGAUGAGUGAAGUUCUGUCUUUGCGAACAAAUUAAAUAUGGAGGUGAGGGUUGGAGGAAUACAAAUGAGCUUUUCUUUGAAAUUAAUAUCACUAUUGUCAUUCUGAAUAGAAAAGUGGUCCAUGUUGAGCCUCCAACCUAUCUAAUAUUCAAAGCUAUAGCAUAGAACGACUCAGCACACUCCUAAUAUAUUAGAGGGAAGGGGUAAAUACUAAUUGGUAGCCAAACAUUUCCCGCAUUUUUUAAUAUUAGCCAAACCUUUUAAAAUACACAAUAUUAUCCAAAUGUUAACUUCCAAUUAGCAUAUUUGUUAGUAAUAUUAACUUGACAACAUGACACUGACUUGGAAGAGACACAUGGAGAACAACAUUUCAAAACUUUAGUAUUUUAACUAAGAAAAGAGUUAUUAAAUUAUUAACAAUAACCAAAAAAUGACUAAUAUUUUAGUGCGCAACAAAAGAUUUGACUAAUAUUUUAUAUCUUGAAAAAUUUAACUAAUAUUUAAAAAUGCGGGAUAGGUUUGGCUAAUAAUAAUUAAAUAUAUAUAGAACCCGAGGAUUUAAGACGAGAACUAGGUUACCCGCUGCAUUAAGCCAUUAACAGUAGGGAUGGCAAUGGGUCGGGUUGGGUCGGGUUUUGCCAAACCCAAACCCAUGGGUUUAUUCGUGAAAAAAACCAGGGAUAAACCCACUGGGUUUGAAAAACUCAAACCCAACCCAAUCCGCUGGGUAUCCUCGGGUUCAUGGGUACCCACGAGUUUGUGUCGUAAAAAAUUUACAAUAACAAGUUCCUAUCAAAAUUAAAGUCAAAUAUCAAU